UUAUAUAACAGCAGCCACCUAUCUUGUUACUAAUAAAUUUAAUUUGCAUACGUCUCUCUUUGUUAUUACUUGAUACACCCCAUUCCUCCUCUCCACCUCCCUUUUAUCAGCACUCUCUUCUCUCUUCACUCAGACCCAUCCUCAACUCUCUUCCUGCAGAAGAUUUCAUCAAAUAGAGUGAAAAUUUUCUAAAUAUUCCCCCUCCUUUUAGUUAGCAUUUUCUUCUGCUUCACUCAAAGCAACUAUUCUUGCAGAAAUUCAAGCACAGACUGAGUUUUAUUUCAGGACAUCAGCUUCAUCCUCCCUCUGAUAGCAUUAUCUUCUGCUUCAGUCAAACCAAUUGCACAAAUUUUCUUUGUAGAAAUUCAGUCACUUUUGUUGCCUUGCCUCAUCUUUUCUACUUCAAUUAAGCCUCCCCUCUUGUGGAAUUCAACCAAUUAAGCUAAAUCAUUUCCAGAAAAUCCUCCUCUUACUGUUUAGCAGUCUCUUCUAAAUUGUACUUUUUCUGGGAAAUUCAAUCAAAAAGCUCUGUCAAUUGUUUACUGAAGAAAAGCCAAAAAAAGUGUAAGAAAUUCAGGUGCCAAAUAAGGAAAAAAAAUCAACAAAAUGAGAAAAGUACCUUCUUUGGGAACAGAAGCAGCAGUGGCAAUGGCCGAAUUCAACAUUCACUUGUCGCCACCGAUUACCACUUCAACUCUGGCAGCGCCACCCCACUGGCCUCCGGCAGCGCCAGGGAACUGCGACGCCCAGAAAUGUCCCUGGUGGCCUUACUCCAGCUCUAAAGAUUUCAAAACAAACACGGCCUUAAUCCUCGUCGUCCUCUUCUGCGCAUUAAUCUGCGGCCUGGCGUUCAACGCCGCCAUUCGCUACAUCAUAAGCCUGCAUUGUAGCCGGCGGCGGCAGCGAGAGGCUUCGGACGAGAAAGCGGACACCGGAGGCGCCGCAGCGGAGCAGGCAGCGGAAAUUCCUUCCGUGAUUUACUCCGAGGGGAUGAAGCUGACGGGGGCAGACACGGAGUGCAUAAUCUGUUUAUCGGAGUUCGCCAUUGGGGAGAAAAUCAGGGUUUUGGAGAAGUGCAACCAUGGCUUCCACCUCCAUUGCAUUCAACGAUGGUUAGUUUCCCAUUCCUCUUGUCCGACUUGCAGAACAAAUUGUUCAACUGAAUCCAGCUCUUCACCUCCAUGAAAAUCAAAUGAUACCAAAAAUGGGGCAAAUUCUGUUCAAAUGCCAACUCCAUCACAUCAAAUAUGCAAUCAAAAUCAAACUGCGUCUGAACAGAAUUUUCCGAUUAUGACAAAUUUUGGUGUGAAAAAUCCUCUUCCUUCCUUUUUUCUUUUUAAUGCUAUAGGGUGGUUGUAGUUGUACUCUACUGGUUUGAUUAUGAUUGCUCUUUUCUUUAUGUUGAGGAAAUAUAAUUUACAUUGUUGCA